AAAAAUGAAAAUAUCCGGACCGCCUUUCAUGCAUAUGUGGUUUCACACGAAAACCCAGGAUACGGUACUUUUCAAGACGUGGAAUGUGACCGACACGCCCACCAUGGUUUGGGUUUGCUGUAUAAUUGUGGUAGCUGGAAUUCUUCUGGAACUUAUCAAGUUCUUACGGUGGAAAAUCGAAAAAUGGCACAAAAAUCGAGAUGAGUUAGUAAGCCGGAGCUACAUUUCCCGACUCUUCUCACCAAUUCACAUCGGUCAAACGAUACUUUUCAUGGUGCAACUGAGUUUCAGCUAUAUUCUCAUGCUGCUUUUCAUGACAUUCUCGGUUUGGCUCGGAAUCGCCGUUGUUGUCGGACUUGGCAUCGGUUAUCUCGCUUUCGGCGCGAGAAUGGAACAAUCUUGAGCGGCGGCAAGCGCGCUCUAUUGCUAAGUUUGGUAAUUAGCGAUGGAGCGCGCUUGCUGAUUGAGUUUAAUUUAAUUAAUAAAGAUAUUUUUAUUG